AUGAGUGAAGUUGAAAAAAAGGCAAUCGAUUUUAUUAAUAACAAGUUAUUCACAGAGACCAAACCUGUUUUAUUCCAAGAUUUGAUCUUUAAUUUCAAGAUUGGGCCUUCCAGGGCUAAAGGCUUGAUGUACAGCUACUACAAACAAGCUACCAAUGUCAAGUUUAAUUGUGUUUUGAUGUGUUGCUAUAAAAAUGGUUCGGUGAAAGUUGUACAUGAUGUCAGCAAUGUAAGAGAAGAAGAGGAUAGUUUAGUAGAUUGUUUUAUUUAUGCAUUAAACCCAAUAAAAGAGUUUAUCUCUGUCAAUGCUGUUACAGACCAAUCUGAUUGUCUAAGCAUUAGAAAUACUCAUCAAUUAAAAGUAAGCGCAACUGAGGUGACUAGAUCUAGGACAACGGAAGAGACCAAACCUAAGGUUGAAAAAUCUAGUAUAUUUGGAAGAUCCAAGACAGUACCUACAGAAUCAAAAAAACAUACAAGUGCAACCAAGCCAUCAAAGGAUACAGGUUUAAGGUCUACUGCUAUUCUUGCUAAAAUGAGAAAGGAGAGGGAAGAAAAAGAGGCAGAGAGGCAAAGGGAAUUAAAAAAGAGAAGAGAAGAAAAGGUGGAAAGAGAAUUGAAAAGUAAUCCUGAAAAGAAAGCCCAAAUGGAAGAGUUAGAAACAUUGUUUGAUGAUGAAGAUGAUCAAGCAUUAGAGGAAAUACAAUCGUCUCCGAAUGAGAAAGAAUCAGAAACCAAAAAUGAACCAGGAAAGAGUAACAUAAAAGAAGAAUUAGAAGAUCUUCUUGAUACGACAGCGGAAGAAUCGUUACUAAACGUUUCCAAGAGCAAUAUCGGUGUUAAAGCUGAAGAAGAAGAUAAGGAACUAGCAACAGUUGAGACCAAGGAAACCGUAGAAGAAGAAUCUUCAUUUGUUGAUGAUGAUGGAUACAUCGUCACAAAGAGAAAACCAACCCCAAUAUCAUCCUCACCAGCAAGAAAAACUCCAAAGAGAUCAGUAUCAACAGCAUCGACUCCUCUAAUAGCGCAACCGCAGAAGAAAAAGCAGAGAUCUAUCGAAGGGUUUUUCAAGAAAUCAAAAUGA